CCCACGCUUCUCUCCUCACACCCUCCCUCCUCAUCUCUUCUUCCCUCCUGGCCUGAUCCUGAGUGCCACCAUGGCGUGCCCCCUGGAGCAGGCUCUGGAUGUGAUGGUGUCCACCUUCCACAAGUACUCGGGCAAGGAGGGUGACAAGUUCAAGCUCAACAGGUCAGAGCUAAAGGAGCUGCUGACCCGGGAGCUGCCCAGCUUCUUGGGGAAGAAGACGGAUGAGGCCGCCUUCCAGAAGCUCAUGAGCAACCUGGACAGCAACAAGGACAACGAGGUGGACUUCCAGGAGUACUGCGUCUUCCUGUCCUGCGUCGCCAUGAUGUGCAAUGAGUUCUUCGAAGGGUUCCCCGAUAAGCAGCCCCGGAAGAAGUGAAGGCUCCCCUGGGGGUGGGGGUACCCUACCUGUUGGCAGAGGGCACCGGGCCUCACCCCAGCCCCGCCAGAUGUGUGCACGAUGUGACCAAGUUCAAUAAAGAGUCUUAGAAGCUUUAA